GCAUAUGUUAGUUUCCCAUGAUGCAGUUCGAACGGGAGGAAAAUUCAAACCGCUCUGGCGAAACCGGGGAGAUGGCGGAGGCCAGAGUUGGGGAAUUAGCCCCAGUCGUGGAAGAUAAAAACGACAAAUUAGAAGUCAAUAAUAAAAGGGCUUCACACGAAGGUGAAGACUCCCGAAAUGCCAUCUCUUCUUAUUUAUACCGCGACGAUUCGGUGGACACGGAAGCCAAUAUCAGAAGUGCACAGGACAAUCCCACGGAAGCGGCUUGCAAAAACUCCCUUGAGCUCCCGUGUGGAAGCGUGUCCCACGAAAGUACACCGAUCGAAGACGAGAUAAGGGCUGAAAAACAUCUCACCACAGGAGAUGAUUGUCAUUCAUUAAAGAAUUCACAGGAUGGGGAAGAAAACAAGGAGAACUGCUGUGUUGCCGUCGCUCCUGCCCUAGUACUGACAGGCUCCUCCGCGGCUCCAGAGGAGGAGGGGGACCACUUGAAGCGCUCGGACCUGAAAACCGGCGCGGGUGCGGUCCAGGCCGGCGCGGGUGCGGUCCGGGCCGGCGGGGGUCCGGAGGACGACCCCGCCCCGCGCACGCGGGAAGACGGCUGCGUGGCUGUGGUCUUCCCCGGCAGCAUCACGCAGGACGCCUGCUGCAAGUUUGUCUGCGAGAUCCUCAAGUGUGUCCUCUACCUGCGGCAGCAGCUGCCCAUGACCUACGACCAGCUGGUGUACUUCCAGAAGAAGCAGCAGGCCGCCGGCCCGGGUGAGGAGGUGGUGGGCGGCCGGCCAGGGAGGCCCGGCGGGUGGGAUGUGAGGAGGUGCCAGCGGACCGUGGCGGAUCUGGAGGAGGUGCUGCAGCAGCUGGAGGUGCUGUUCUCCCUGAGCCGCGUCCCGCGGGUGCUGCUCCUGCUGGGGGGCACCUCCCUGCUGCCCAAGGAGGCGUACGAGGUGAACCUGGAGGCGCUGUGGGACGGGCCUCCCGCGGGGCGUGGCCUGAGGACCAGCGCCUGCCUGCGGCAGCUCUUCCGCCGCCUCUUCCUGGCCGACUUCCUGCUGGACGCGCGGCCCGUGCGGCUGCUGGGCACCGUCGUCAUGGCGAUGGCGCACCGGGACUGCGGGGUGGGCUGGUUCCGCCCGCGGCUGGACUACCGGGUCCCGCCCCGGGCCAAGCGGCGAGUCAUCGCCCUGUCCUGCGCCCCCCCCGGCCCCCAGGCCCCCCCCGUGCCGCCGGGCCACGCCGAUGACUACGUCUGGUUCCAGGCCCCCGUCACCAUCAAGGGCUUCUGCAAGUGACCCGCCAACAGAUGGGGGGGGGGGGGGGCAGGG